AUGGGCGUCCCUCUUCCUCCCAAAGAGGCCAACCUCUUCAAGCUCAUCGUUAAAUCUUACGAAACGAAGCAGUAUAAAAAGGGUUUAAAGGCUGCUGAUGCAAUUUUAAAGAAGUUCCCAGAUCAUGGAGAAACACUGUCAAUGAAAGGGCUGACUUUGAAUUGCAUGGACCGCAAACCCGAAGCUUAUGAACUUGUUAGGCUUGGAUUAAAGAAUGACCUUAAGAGUCAUGUUUGCUGGCAUGUCUAUGGACUUCUGUAUCGGUCGGACAGAGAAUACAGGGAAGCAAUCAAGUGUUAUCGGAAUGCUCUAAAAAUAGAUCCGGAUAAUAUUGAAAUUCUUCGAGACCUCUCUCUUUUACAGGCACAAAUGCGGGACUUGGAAGGUUUUGUUGAGACGAGACAACAAUUGCUCACUUUGAAACCAAAUCAUCGUAUGAAUUGGAUUGGCUUCGCUGUUGCCCAACAUCUAAACUUCAAUGGAUCAAAGGCAGUUGAUAUCCUUGAAGCAUAUGAAGGGACUCUUGAGGAUGAUUACCCUCCUGAUAAUGAACUCUGUGAGCAUGGGGAGAUGCUUUUGUACAAGAUCUCUUUGUUGGAGGAAUGUGGAUUGGCUGAGCGCGCUCUUGAGGAGUUGCGCAAGAAAGAAUCUAAAAUAGUUGAUAACUUAGCUUAUAAGGAGCAGGAGGUUUCUCUGCUUGAAAAGCUGGGCCGUUUUGAUGAAGGAGAAUUAUUAUACAAGAAACUGCUUUCAAUGAAUCCUGAUAAUUACAGGUAUUAUGAAGGUCUGCAAAGGUGUAUGGGGCUGUAUAAGGAAAACGGUCAGUAUUCGUUGGAUGAAAUUGAUCGACUCGAAGCUUUGUAUGCAUCACUUAGCGAGCAAUACAGUAGGUCAUCCGCCGUCAAGAGAAUCCCUCUUGAUUUUCUUAGUGCUGAAAGAUUCCGUUCGGCGGCUGAAAAUUAUAUUCGACCAUUUCUGACCAAGGGCGUUCCUUCUCUAUUUUCUGAUCUUUCUUCUCUCUAUGAGCACUCUGGAAAGGCAGAUAUUUUGGAAAACUUAAUUCUUGAGCUUGAGCACUCCCUUAAGGCUACUGGUGUAUAUCCUGGGAGGGUGGACAAGGAGCCCCCUUCAACACUUAUGUGGACUUUGUUUUAUUUAGCUCAGCAUUAUGACAGAAGGGGUCAGUAUGAUGUUGCGCUCAGAAAAAUAGAUGAGGCCAUAGAACACACCCCCACUGUCAUUGAUUUGUACUCAGUGAAGAGCCGGAUAUUAAAGCAUGCUGGUGAUCCAGUAGCAGCUGCUGCCUUGGCUGACGAAGCUAGAUGUAUGGAUCUUGCUGAUCGCUAUGUGAACAGUGAUUGCGUUAAACGAAUGCUACAAGCCGAUCAGGUUACAUUAGCAGAAAAGACAGCGGUUUUGUUCACAAAAGAUGGAGAGCAACAUAAUAACCUUCAUGAUAUGCAGUGCAUGUGGUAUGAACUAGCAUCUGGAGAAAGCUUUCUGCGCCAAGGGGACCUAGGACGAGCUUUGAAGAAAUUCUUGGCUGUCGAAAAGCAUUAUGCAGACAUUACUGAAGACCAAUUUGAUUUCCAUUCCUAUUGCUUGAGAAAAAUGACUCUUCGGACUUAUGUUAAAAUGCUGAGGUUUCAAGAUAGCCUCCAUUCACAUUCUUAUUUCCGCAAAGCUGCCACUGGGGCGAUAAGAUGCUACUUGAAGUUGUAUGAUUCUCCAUCGAAGUCUUCUGCAGAGGAAGAUGAAGAGAUGUCCAAGUUGGCUCCUUCUCAGAAAAAGAAAUUGAGGCAAAAGCAGAGGAAAGCUGAAGCACGAGCUAAGAAAGAAGCAGAAGUGAAGGAAGAAUCAAAUACUGCUGCUGUUUCAAGAUCUGGAAAACGUCAAGCAAAACCGGUUGAUUUGGAUCCAAAUGGAGAGAAACUAUUGCAGGUUGAAGACCCUUUGACGGAGGCUACAAAGUACUUGAAGCUGCUUCAGAAGCAUUCUUCCAAUUCCUUGGAGACGCACUUGCUUUCAUUUGAAGUCAAUAUGAGAAAACAGAAAAUCUUGCUCGCACUGCAGGCGGUAAAGCAUUUGGUCCGGUUGGAUGCAGAUAACCCAGACACACAUCGCUGCUUGAUUAAAUUCUUUGCAAAAGUAGGAUCCAUGCCUGCUCCAGUAACCGAUGCUGAAAAACUCAUCUGGGGUGUCUUAGAAGCUGAGCGACCUACAUUUAGCCAGUUGCAAGGGAAGUCUCUUGUUGAGGCAAACUCUCUUUUCCUAGAGAUGCAUAGAGAAUCAUUGAGGCACAGAGCUGCAGCAGCGGAACUGAUAUUUGUUAUGGAACCCAACAAGAAAAAUGAGGCUGUCAGCUUGAUUGAAGAUUCUUCUAUCAACUUGGUCCCGACAAAGGGGAGGCUUAAGGAUUGCAUUGCAGUCCACAAAUUAUUGGGCACAAAUUUGAGUGACAAUGAUUCCGCGUCAAGAUGGAAAGUUCGAUGUGCUGAGUACUUCCCUUACUCGUCAUACUUUGAAGGUAGUCAAAGCUCUGCCAUAGCAAACAAGAAUCGGAAUCUACCUGAAAAUGGAAGCCAAAGCAGCUCAUUAGCCAAUCAGAGUGUUUCGACAUCAUCUUCUAACGGCAAUGUCGAAACAUUAGAGGCACUCAAAAACCUCGCUGUAAAAUAG